AUGGGGUUACCAACUUUUGCGCCAAGAAGCUGGGGCUACAGGGGUACCAUCACGCAUCGGCCACAUGAGGAGGGUCUUGUUAAACUGCCCUUGAAGGACAAAGAGAAAGAGCCAGUAACACUUUCAGACCUGCUAAACGAGCACGUUCCUGAACUAAAGGAUGGUGCGCGAUUCUAUCUACACCCAUAUUUAUACAAUGGUAUCCUGCAGACGAUGUACCUGUACGGCGCCGACUUCAGCCAACAGUAUAAACCAUUUUAUGGCCGUGAGAUCGUCAGCUACUCUGAUGGUGGUGUUUCGACGGCAGAUUGGGCCAUGCGCGAAUGGGAUGACCUGUAUGCGGCACCUGAGGGCUACAACAAGGAGAAAUUCGAUGCGGAUGCUGCCAAGACGCACCCUGAGAACUGGCCGAGACUACAGCCAAAUACACGCUUUCUCGAUGAAGAAGAGCUUGCGAAAAUACCAAAGGAUACGCGCCCUCUAAUUGUCGUAGCACAUGGUCUUGCUGGUGGGUCGCACGAGAAUAUCAUCCGUGCCCUGGUUACAGAGCUAUUGUCAGUUGGCAACGGCCAGUUUAAUGUCGUUGUGCUAAACUCCCGUGGAUGUGCACGUUCGAAGAUCGCCAACAAGAAGCUAUUCUCUGCUUUCCACACGAUGGACAUUCGGGAGUUCAUUAACAGAGAGCAUGCGAGACAGCCGGAACGCAAAAUAUAUGGUCUUGGCUUCUCAUUCGGCUCUGUCAUCUUUGGCAACUAUCUAGGUGAGGAGGGCGAUAAGAGUCCACUUUCAGGCGCCGUUUGCUGUGCUGGGCCUUGGGAUAUGUUCGCCUCAUCUAAAAUGCUGAAUGAUGAUUUUUGGAUCAGCCGCCUCUUUGGCAAAAAUCUGGUGAAGCAUUUGUCGAGAUUGCUUCAUGUUAACCGUAAGGAACUGGAGUACGAUGGCAGCAAGGGUGACGAUGUAGAAGACGCGUCCCCAACGAAUCCUGCCUCCCAUAUCUUUACUAAGGAAAAUCUGGCGCGCGCCUCGACCAUGGCUUGCACACGCGAUUUCGACAACUUCUUCACUGCGCCUGCUCUUGGUUUCAAGAAUGCCAAUGACUACUAUAAAGCGGCUAGUCCCGUUAACAUUGUGGGCAAGAUAAGAGUCCCAACACUGUUAAUCAACGCUCUGGAUGAUCCGAUGGUAGGCGCCGAGGGUUUUCUUCCAAUCGAAAAGCUAAGAAGUAACAAGCAUAUAUUGUUAUGCACGACAGACAUAGGCGGUCACCUAGCCUACCUGGAUAAAAACUAUACCCCAUGGAUGGCCGGUAGAGUAGCUGAAUUCCUAUCUAAAAUGGACACGCUAGUUGCCUAG